AGUUUGGAGGAGAAGCGAAACUCUGCGGAAGAGGCGACGUGAGUGCACAAUAACACAGACUGGACCAACUGUGACAUCUGCGCAAUGGGCACCGAUGAAAGAAGACCCGGUGUUAGUGAUUUCACCUGCCUGUGUUGUUUCUGAUCACAUUCAUAUCGCUCAGAAAUGAUGAAGGGCUUUUUAGUGCGCUGUGUUCUCCUCUGGGCGAUGUUGCAGCGGAGCAACACGCAGAUUGCUCUACCUGCCACAGUGUUGAACUGCUGUGAAGGGGAUGUACUCAUUCUGCUGGAUUCUUCAGGAAGUGUAGCAAACUACGAGUUUGUGCGCCUGCUGCACUUCACCACCGAGCUGUUUCGCCCCUUCUCACUGGGCCGUGGGCACGUAAGAAUCGGGCUGCUGCAGGUGGGCACAAAGCCAAACCUGGAGUUCGACCUCGACGUCCACAACAAUCAAGACAGUCUGCAGAAAGCUCUGCGGAGUGUAAGGCAGCUGCAGGGAGACACCAACACUGAGGAGGCGCUAAGAGUGGCCCUGCCGCUUUUGACAGAGACAGACGAGGAUGUGCCAAAGAUACUGCUGUGGCUGACUGAUGGUGUGCAGCCUGGAGACGUGGAAGAGCUGAUGUCUGAGCUGAAGGCGCGGGGAGUCUAUGUGUUAGCUGUUUCUACAGUACAUGCCAACUACCAGCUGUUACUGCGUUCAGUGACACCUCCAAUGGAGUCUCACCUCUACUUUGUGGACAUAGAGAGCAUUGACAUGAUCACAGAGGACCUGAGGGAGGCCAUUAUCAAAAUAAUUCGUGCAGAACGGCUGCGCGUUGUUCACUUGACUUCCCACAGUGCUGUGCUGCAGUGGCGUCCUGUUCUGACCAAAGACAGCGGUUACUAUGAGCUCUCUUACAACUCUAUGCAGGAAACAGACACUAAAACUAGACGGGUUCUCCCAGGCGACUCCAGCUGGGUGGAGCUGACCAACCUGCAGCCUGAUACCACCUACACAGCAACCCUGCGCCCAGAGUCCAACCAGAGGCUGUUCAACACACUCUCUGUUGACUUCACCACACUUCCUGAUGUUUUAAGCCCUGCAGUGGUUUCUGUGUCAGACUCUGGCCCUCGUCAGAUCCGUGUGGGCUGGGGUCCCCUGCAGCCGGCUCGAGUCCAGAGAUACACGGUGGAGUAUGGAGCUUUUCCAAGUGGACACGUCCACACCGUGACCUUACCCAGCCAGCAGAACUCUACCUUACUGACAGGCCUGGAGCCGGGCACUCAGUACCUGGUCACAGUCAGCGCUCUGUAUGUGGACGGAAAAGAAAGAGCCAUGUCUGUGAGGGCAUGCACUCAAGAGGCAGCUCUGCCAGCCUUGACUGACCUUAAGCUGACCCCAGUGGAGCGUCAGGAGGUGCAGGUAACGUGGAAGGCCCAUCAGGAAGGUUUGAAAGGCUACUGGCUGAGCUGGGAGAAAGAAAACUCUCACAGAUCCUCCUCGAAGCCCUCCAUCUCCUCCUUCUACCUGCCUCCUAGCUCUCUUUCAACGCGUCUCACACACCUCGCACCAAGCAGUCGAGUGUGUGUGUCCCCGGUCUACAGCUCAGGCCGAGGAGACGGGCUCUGCUGCACUGCAGAGAGACACACAGAUACCAGGCAGCGGGGUUAACAACCAGAGUCUGCAGCAAUCAGGCAGCUGGAGCAAAAGCAGUGGGUGAAAUGGAGCAUUUUGAGUGCUGGAUGCACUUGAUAACUUGUGCAGGACUGAAUAUUAUUAUGGAUAUUAUUAUUCUAUGUUAAAAUGUUCAUCUUGAAAUGAAUUACAGUGACUAAAAAGGCUUUAUCGCAUAACUCCAGCCCUCGGUCCACACAAUGGCUGAGAAAAAUCUGGCAUAAUUAUUAAUUUUUAUCAUCAACUUUGCAGGAAGGCUGCGCACCGCAGCACCACACAUUUGUUCUCACAUAUCAGUCAGGAACAUAAACAGUUACAGAGAAUGCUGGUAGGCAGCAUUCACAGUUUGUGCGAGGAAUUUCUGAUAUUGCCAAUUAUUAUUUAUUAUUAUGAUUAACGGUCUGUAAUGUCAGCCUCCUCUUAAACUGUACUGUUACAUAUUUACAGCUGUAUUUACUUGAAACUACAUGAAAAUGCUCUUUUCUCGUUGAAAGUUCUUAACAUGUGGUAAAUGUAAAGUGUUGCCCUGCUCUGUAUUUUCCUUUCCAGCGGUCCUGAUGUCAGAUCAGAAUUGCUGACAUCACAAGUUUUAAAGAUCUAGUGUGUAGGAUUUAGUGGCAUCCAGUGAUGAGGUUCAUCCGAUCCGAUGUGUACUAUCGUUCAACCAGGGGCGUAAAUAUAGACAGUGUAGGCAGUGUGGUUGCACUGGGGCUCAUGAGGUGGGGGGACCAUAGUGCGAGUGAUUCAAUUUGCCACCUCAGAAAUGUGCCAGUGUUCAAAGAGAAAUACACAUUAAAAUACAAAUGCUGUCAUCUGCUGCCCAGCAUUGCUCUGGUGACUGUCCAGGGUGUAUUCCGCCUCUUGCCCUAUGUCAGCUGGGAUAGGCUCCAGCCCCCACGCAACCCCCAAAAGGAUAAGCGGUUACGGGAAAUGAAUGAAUGAAUGUAUAUAAACCAAAUUACUGUCCAUUUUAAAUGUUGUCCUCUACCACAUUGCAUUUUGGGAUAUUUAUGCUAAGGUUUCGGGCAUACUUAAAAAAUCUCACAUACUAUUUAAUCGUACUAAAUAACAGCCCCAGUGUUUGGUUUGUCCAUUCUGGGCUACUGUAGAAAUAACAUGGUGGACUCAAGGGGAGAGGGGCCGCUCCAUAUGUAGAUACAAACAGCUCAUUCUAAGGUAACUUAAACACAGUGAUUCUUAGUUCAGGGAAUUAUACACAAAUGAAAACAUUAUUAUGAAUAUUACAUACCUGUUCUGCCAUAAUACCCUCCUACAUCCUACACAUUGGACCUUCUAUAGCAGUAAAUGGUUUAUAUCUGGGUCAAGGCUUGGCUCAGCUGAGAAAUGACUAUAGUCUGAAUGGAGAUUUGAUUACAAUGCCUGACACAAGAUAAGCUUGAGGAAAUUACAUGUUAUCAGUACAAAUAUUUGAGGUACCAUAAACCACAAAAUGCUGUGUGUUGUAGAGCAAAAGCUGUGCAAUUAAAAACACAAGUGCCCUGAUAAACUGUGACCUGAGACGCUGAACCACAUAAUUGCAUUUAGUUUUCACUUCGUUUAAAUUGGUGAAAAAGAGACAAUGUGAUGUGAGCAUCAAUUUGGAGGUCUGGAACUACAGAGCUACAGGUCUCCUUAACCCCUUUAAACCUUAAUACGACACAAUGUUUUCAAUUUAAUGAUGUCUUCUUUUACAGGUGCAAUUAUUUUUUUUGUAAUACUAGUUUUCACAUGAAUAAAUAAAUGAACUCGUCUAAAAUGUGAGCCUGAAGCUGAAGAAGCUUUGAAUGCCAUGUUAGAGGACUGCGACCUUACGUGUUAGUCUUUUUCUCAAAUUGAUGCUAAUUCAUCCUUUGAAACUUAUAAAAGCAGUGUUCAUUUUUGUCUAAAUGAUUUGAUAUAAAAGUUGUUGCUACACACAGCAUUAUCAAAUCCAUGUAGGGGCUGCAGGCAACAAAUCAUUGUAGUGAUACAUGCUGGCAAAUAUUUUGGAAUUUGUUUUAGUAUAUGACCAAAUUUCUGCUUGUUUUCUGUCAUUUUGUUCAUUAUAUGGAAAAACUCAAGCAUGAAUAACUCAGAAAAAGCUUUUUUUUUAUGUCUGAACCUUUAUGACUGUGUCUCUUGGUUUCACUGAUGUACAUUUAGCAGUUGUGUCGUGUGCCACACAGGUGGUAUAAAAUCAGUCAGGUGUGUUUCUGCAUUACUGGCAGUGAGACAACACAGAGUGGUGUGGUGCCUGAAGAUAAUUGUUGUAUUAUAUGUUACCGGCUCAGUAGAUAAGACUGAAUUCCAAAUUGUAUCUGCAUCCUGUUUCUGUACUUUCUGUACAGUGCCCAUAAGUAUUAAGUGCUGAUAGAGAAUAUGUACUGUGAAUAAAUAUAUUUAUAUAUAUUGUUACUAUUUGUUUUGUGUUUAACUAAAUAUGCUGUUGAAUUUGUGGCCGGGUUUGUCUGGUAAAAUGUUUCUCUAGGCAAAUUAAAAGACAAGAGAAGGAUGAUUCCUAUUUAAAGUAUCUGCACAGUGUCCACAAGCAUUUGAUUUUGUUUUUCUAAAUUGGAAGGGAAUAAAAAAAAUCUGUGUUACAAA